CGUUCAGAGGAAAAAGCUGUAGUGGAACAACCUCAAGGGAAUGUAAAAGUCAGGGCCUGUAAUCGGCCGUGUACUGGAGCUAAAAGUCCUCACAUAUUACUUUGUUUCUCAUGGAAGCAGAUGGAUUUGUGAGGAAGCGUCGGAUGAGAGCGGAGACCACAGGCACUGAUCCCGGGGUUGCUGGAGCCUCUGCCGGGGAAGAAGUUCGAUGGCUGGGGGGCAGAUGGUGGGGAGUUUCGGAAAGUAUCGUGGGAAGCCUGACACCUCGGAUCGGAGGGGAAAAACAACUGCAGGGUUUUAUCUGUAGCGUUCAAGAUGAACAAACAGAGGACGAUGAUGAAGCAGACUAUGAAGGUCUGCCCCAGGGAGCUUCUACUAGCACCCACAUGUUGGCUGGAGCCGUGGCUGGGAUCAUGGAGCACUGUCUUAUGUUUCCUAUCGACUGUGUGAAGACUCGGAUGCAGAGUCUCCAGCCCGACCCCGCAGCUCGCUACAGGAAUGUGAUGGACGCUCUCCGCCGAAUCGUAGUCACAGAGGGGGUGCUGCGACCGCUGAGGGGUCUCAAUGCGACCGCUAUCGGGGCCGGGCCCGCCCACGCCCUCUACUUCGCCAGCUACGAGAAACUCAAAAAGACUUUAAGUGACGCCAUUCAUCCAGGGGCUAACAGCCAUUUGGCUAAUGGAGCAGCUGGUUGUGUGGCCACAUUGCUUCACGAUGCAAUCAUGAACCCCGCUGAAGUUGUGAAGCAGCGCAUGCAGAUGUAUAACUCGCCGUACCGCGGCGUGUUGGACUGUGUACGCGCCGUGUGGCAGAGGGAAGGCCCCGGCGCGUUCUACCGCAGCUACACCACCCAGCUCACCAUGAACGUGCCCUUCCAGGCGCUCCACUUCAUGACCUACGAGUACCUCCAGGAGCUGCUGAACCCCCACAGACAGUACAACCCGUCGUCCCACAUGGUGUCCGGCGCUUUGGCCGGAGCGCUGGCGGCGGCGGCCACGACCCCACUGGACGUGUGCAAGACCCUGCUCAACACCCAGGAGUCCCAAGCCCUCAGCUUGUCAGGCCAAGGCAAAGGAGCCCACAGACACAUCUCAGGCCUGGCCCACGCCUUCCGGACCGUUUACAGGCUGGGCGGCCUGCAGGGCUUCUUCAAAGGAGUCCAAGCCAGGAUCAUCUACCAGAUGCCCUCCACAGCCAUCAGCUGGUCGGUCUACGAGUUCUUUAAAUAUGGACUAACUAAGCACCAACACAACAAGAGAAGAGCGCCACACGUGGAGACCGAGAUGUAAAUCUCUCACUGGUUUAAUGCCUUCCAAUAUUGAUCCGAGGAAUAAUAACGCACAUAAAAUCCAACAAAGAUACGCCUCAGUUGUGUCGUCUCUUUCAGACAAAGCAGAUAAGAAAAACAUCAUAAGUCAUUUAGAGUUCAGUUUCUGCCAAAACUUUUCAAUAAUAAUUUGAGUUAUAAUGUUUCUCUGAUAGGAGGGGGAAAUUUUCAUUGUAAGACUUAUACUAAAGUAAUUUUAAGCCCUUUCAGUGAUCACUGUUAAAGCUGAGCACACUAUAAAAAUGAAAGGUUGUCAGCAGGGGGCAGCCAUUUUACUCUGCCACUUGUAAAUUUAGAGGCCAAAAGAUGUUUUUUUCAUUUUUUAUAUAAAUGAAUAAUUAAGUCACUUAGUCUGGACCCUCUUUAAGUGAACAUUCAGGUUGGGUUUUACUCAACUUGAAGUGUUUUUUUAGCCCUUUAUCCAAAGAGAAUACAUUUGGAUUUGUUUUUAAUACACUUAAGAUUAUUUUUCUCAAACUUUUUUUCCUCUUAAUUUUUAACAAAUUCAUCCAAAAGAAAAAUGCUAAACAUCUUUUAAUCCUGCAUCAAUAAUUACCAUAAAUGUUAAGGGUUUAAAUUGAUAUAAGGUUUUGCAUUUCAGAAGAAAGAAUAAUUAAUUCUUUAUUUAAAAUUUCUGACUUGUUUUUAUUUGUUCUUCAAUUGUGUGUGGGGGGAAGAACAUUUUGUCUUUAUUUGAACAAAUUUAAUCGAAUUAGUGCAUUUUUUUCCCCAUCAAAUAAAAUACUUGAGUUCUUCCUCGCUGCUGUUAUUAACCUGAGCAGUGCUAAGGCGUAGCUGUCGGGUUUUAUUUUAUUUUUGUUUUUUUUGCCUGUGAACUACUGAGUCCUAAUGUUAGUGCUCAGCAAAGAUUUUGUGUACAAGCUGUGAUCAGAGAAAUUUAACUCAUAUCAAUGUUCAUUAGCCAUAAAACAAAUGCCAUUCUUACUGACUGAUGUCUGAUGGUUUUUUUGACACUGAAUUUCACCUGUUGAAAUAAAGACUCGGCAGCGAGAUUCUGUUUGCUGCUCAUAAAACAUU